UGAUAUUUUAUAAGGAUCUGAAAAGGAAAAACACAGAGCACAAACUUUUUGAUUAUUUUAUUAGACUAAUAACUCGUGUCUCUCCAUGUUGACAGCGUUCAAAUUGCUGCAUAUUCUGCUCUGUAGUUCUGUUUUCUUGAAGCACUUGACAAUAGCAGAUCAAGAGGCAAAUCAGUUCAUCUACCAUGGUUUCAAUGGAGCCAACCUGCAUCUUAAUGGGAUUGCCGAAAUCCUCCCCAAUGGUCUAUUAGAGCUAACAAACAUUUCAUUCCAACAAACUGGCCACGCUUUCUUUCCAUUCCCUCUAAAAUUCAGUAAAUCUUCAUCCAUCAAUUCUCAGUCUUUCUCAUUUUCUACCAAUUUUGUUUUCGCAAUUGUUCCUCAGUUGCCUGAUCUUGGUGGCCAUGGCAUUGCCUUCUCUAUCUCUCCAUCUUUGGAGUUCACAGGGGCGUGGGCAACAGGGUUCUUAGGACUUUUUAAUUCGACAGACAAUGGCUUGUCCUCAAACCAUGUUUUUGCUGUUGAGCUUGAUACUAUAUCUACACCUGAAUUUAACGACAUCAACAACAACCAUGUUGGAAUUGAUGUAAAUGGCUUGAUAUCCAAUGUAUCAGCUCCAGUGGCCUAUUUUCCAGAUAAUGAAAGGAAAAAUAAGAGCUUGGAGCUCAUAAGUGGAAAUCCAAUGCAGGUGUGGAUAGAUUAUGAUGACGUGGAGAAGCUUCUCAAUGUAACAGUAGCUCCUGUAAUAAGCAAGAAACCAGGAAAGCCUCUAUUGUCAACAAAUAUUGAUCUUUCUCUAGUCCUCUUGGAUUCUAUGUAUGUUGGUUUUUCUUCAUCCACUGGAUCAAUGGCAAGCUACCAAUAUAUUCUUGGGUGGAGCUUCAACAGAAGUGGGCCAUCUCAAAGUCUUGAUGCAUCAAAGCUUCCUUCACUGCCACCUAAAAGAGAAUCAAGUAAGAAACCAGAUUUAAGAAUCAUGGUCCCAUCAAUAACAGCAAGUGUUGUGCUGAUAAUAAUAUCUGGAUCAGCUAUUUAUAGGAGGAAGAGAUUUGAAGAAUUGUGCGAAGAUUGGGAACGGGAAUAUGGUCCUCAAAGAUUCUCUUACAGGGAUCUCGACAAAGCAACUAAGGGAUUCAAAGACAAACAGCUGCUGGGGUUUGGGGGUUUUGGAAGGGUUUACAGAGGAGAAUUACCUUCUUCCAAUACACAAGUUGCGGUUAAGAAAGUCUCACAUGAUUCUCAACAAGGAAUUAAGGAAUUUGUUGCUGAGAUUGUUAGCAUGGGGAGGCUAAGGCAUAGGAAUCUGGUACAGCUCCUAGGCUAUUGCCGUCGAAAGGGAGAGCUACUCUUGGUAUAUGAUUAUAUGCCUAAUGGAAGCCUUGACAAACUCCUAUUUCACAAUGACACACCAAACUUGAAUUGGGUUCGGCGAUAUCAAAUCCUGAGAGGAGUUGCAUCUGCCCUUCUUUACCUCCAUGAAGAGUGGGAACAAGUUGUUCUGCACAGAGAUGUGAAAGCUAGUAAUGUUAUGCUAGAUGCUAAUCUUAAUGGACGGUUAGGAGAUUUUGGGCUAGCUAAGUUCUAUGAUCAUGGAUCAAUUCCUCAAACAACCAGUGUGGUUGGAACUGUGGGAUACCUUGCACCAGAGGUCUCAAGAACAGGAAGGGUCACUACCAGCAGUGAUGUUUUUGCCUUUGGGAUCUUAAUGCUUGAAGUGGCUUGUGGAAGGAGGCCUAUAGAGCCAGAAAGACCAUCUCAGGAAGUAAUUUUGUUAGACUGGGUUCUUGAAUGCUGGAAAAGAGGGAUCAUUCUUGAGACAAGUGAUCCUAGAUUGGAAGGUAAAUAUAUGGUGGAGGAAAUGGAAUUGAUUUUGAAGCUAGGGUUGCUUUGUACUCACCCUACACCAGCAGCAAGGCCUAUCAUGAGGCAAAUCAUGCAGUAUCUGGAUAGAAAUGCUUCCUUACCAGAUAUACUAUUGGAUGGUCCAGGUAUAGGUUUGGUCACAGUUUGCCAAGAAGCCACUAGAGAUUGCAAUUUGUCCUUCCCAGCAUCUAAUGAUUAUUCUGUGUUGUCAAUUACUGACUCCAUCCUUAGCUGCGGUCGUUGAAUCUGAAAAAUUUUCCUUAAGCCAGAGACUGAUCACGUUAGACCUACAGUUGCCAGCUUAAAAUUGGUGCCACAAAUUACUUGUAGUAAGGGUGUAUCAUAUAAUAUCUAAUUUUCUAUUAAGUAGUAGUAAUUACCUUGUUUUUCGUAUAUAAUAUUCUCGGUAGGGUUGAGUGACAGCAAAACCGAUUGAACAUGUUCUAAGCUGUAGCUGCAAGAUUGAAAUUGGUGUUACCAAUUUCAUGUAAAGGGUGGAGCAGAAUCUUAAGGGUCGUGUUGUACA